CUUUGUCACAGACGCAGACUUAGAGUCUGCGCAGACCUGCACCCAGACCGGCCGUAACUUACACAUUCACACAUAAGCAAGGUUUCUCCUGCAGCCGUUUUCUACGUAAAUCACAUACUGGAAUUCAUCGCCAACGCCGCUAGAUUUUUUCCCUACGCUCAUCGCAGUGCGAUAGACGCAGCUCAUACUCAAGCCGGAGAAAGUCGGAGUGUGUUCUCGAGAGCAACCUGGAUGUGAAGUCGAGAUAACAUUUAGCUGCGCAGUAGCCUAACUGACGUAGAGUAUGCUCCUAUAAGAAAGGUAUCGAUCAUGAUGCAUGAUGCAUUGAUGGCUUGCCACGUCUGCGUUUCCCACCAGGUCUCAAAUUGAAUCAGUGCUCAGAAAAUGACAUUUGACCCUGGCCGGACCCCAACCACCUUGCUCGUGUUGAUUUCCAUGCUGUUGGCCUCUGCAGGCUUGCCCUCGUAUCAAGGAGUAUUCAGGUCUGUCUUUGCCAGCUCUUUCUCCUUCCGUUAUGUAUCGCACGAUGUAAUGCACGCUCCGCGUGAUUCCGAAUCUAGUGUAACCAAUAUAAUGAUUGGACAGCGCGUGUCGCCUACCGGCGGCCUACGCAAAACAUGGCCCUCGACAUCCGUCCCACCGCCCAUCCUAUGACUGUGUCAAGCGUGCACAGCGAGUACGGUCUCGAGAUAUCUGUCAUUCAAAUCAAUCAAGGGCAUAGCCAUCGUUCUUCGAAUCAGCCCCGAGUCGUUGCUCAUUAAAACAUUAAUUUUCGGGUCAGUGCGCUGGUGUGCUUGUACUUAUACCCCCGGAUAAAGCAUUGUACAAUUGAUGUUGCU